GGUCGGCGAGGCCUCGUCAACCUCUCAGCCGUCCAGGUGAAGAAAACGACCAAGCAGCUCUCAGUCUUACCGAAGGUCACCUGCUCUGCCCGGAGGAUCCGAGCUGUGUUUGGACCGCUGGUCAGAAGUAACAUACAUGUUAAAGACUUAACAGGGGUCACAAUCCCAGUCCCCCUCUCUGAGGACUCCUGUGGAGUGACACUGAGCAGAGACAGAAACCAGAGCCUCUCCUUCCUCAGCAGAUAUGACAGCUGCUAUGCACACACUGAGGGCAGCAGAGUGGUCAUCCCUCUGCAAGUACAACUGACAGGAGAGGAUCGGUGGUUCAGGGUAAACAUCAGCUGUCCUCUGAUAAAGAGACACAGUGAGAGGACUCAACUUAUCCCAACACCGUUACCUGGAAACUGUGACAUAGAAAAGGCUCUGCAGGUGGACUGUGGACACCAUGGCAUUUCUAGUGACGCCUGCUACAAACUGGGAUGCUGCUACGAUGCUUCUGAUUUAACCUGCUACUACAAACUCAAUGUCUGCUCUCUGGAUGGACACUUUGUGUUCUCGAUAAAGGCCACAGACACAGACCCACCCAUCGAUCCCAGCAGCCUCGUAAUCAAAGACCAGCCGCAGUGUUACCCAGUGGUCACCACCCCAGACACUGCCGUCUUCAAGAUCGGAGUCAUGGACUGUGGUGCAAAGAUGAAGGUCGAUGGAGAUGUGAGGAUCUAUGAGGUGGAAGUGGAGGAGCUGGAUACAAGAAGUACAACCAAAGGUUCACCAUUUAGUCUCCAGGUCCAGUGUGAAUAUGAGGCGUCAGAUUUAAAGCGUGCAGUGGACUUGCGGUCCUUGUACGCAGUGACUAACCCACCUCCUGUGGUCGCACUGGGAACCAUCAGAGUGCAGAUGAAGAUAGCCAAAGAUGCAUCCUUCACAUCCUUCUUUCCUGAGGACCAGCUUCCUCUGACCUUGCCCCUGCGUAAAGCUGCAUACGUCGAGAUCUCCAUCGCCCAGCCGUCCCCAGACCCUGCACUCUCCCUGCGUGUACAGGACUGCUUUGCCUACCCGGAGUCCAGACACUCUGUGUGGACGCUUCUCUAUGAUGGAUGUCCCAACCCUUUGGAUAACUUGAGAAGCUCCGUCCCUGUGGACAAGCAGGGGAAGACCACCUCCCACUCCCAAGUCAGGAGGUUUGACGUCAAGACCUUUGCCUUCUUGGACCCUCACACAGGCAAUCCAAGCAUGGAAGAAAUGUACUUCUACUGCUGGGUGGAAAUCUGCACAAAUGACAUAGACUGUGCACAGCGCUGCGCCUUCAUUUCGUCUGAGGGCGACAGACAGAGAAGAGAGGCAACGCCUGAGUCCUACCAGGUCAAGCUGGUCUCUUUAGGGCCACUGCUGCCCGGACAGAACAACACUGAACAGGACGACAAUCCAUGUGUCAAACAGGACACAAUGUUUAAGGUGACGGUGUACGUGCUCUCUGGCGUCGGUGCUGCCUUGCUGCUGAUCCUGCUGUUCAUGGCAGUGUCACGCAUCAGGAAGUGUCGGACGCCAGAGGCAGAACAGGCUCGUGAUGCAAAAGUUGAUGGUGAAGAAUCUGAAUAAAACAUUUCACCUUC